UCUAUCGGAGGUCGAUGGCAAUGCGAAGUUGCGAAAUCGAAUACACUCACCCAUUCCCAAUUUCCCAUCCGACGAAGAAGCGGAAGAAAUGAUACAGUUCCUACUGUGAGCGAGUCCGCGACCAGCUACAUGGUGCAAGUUGAGAUAAACGUGUUAAACGUUAAAUAAUCCGUCAUUUUUUUUUCCGGGAUAGGGUGGUCUGUUUUCCGGCCCCUCUAUCCUAUGACUCUCUCUCUCUCCUGCCAGUCAUUCUCUCUGUAUCCAGCUCUUUUCUUACUUGUCUGUGUUAGUUAGGUAAUGCGAUCUCAGCGUCUGUUCCUUCCAACUUGUGAGUGUCGUUGGUAUUAAAAAUGUUUUCCGUUCGCUGUGCUUGUUGGUCUGUUCUCCUUUCUAACUUCUGGAGUUCUGGGUGUAGUGUUAAGUUUUUUAGUCAUAGAUCUCCAACCUAGGUUCACCGGAAAACAACCAUUAUCCCGUUGGAGAAGAAACCCACCGUUCUUCAGCUGGUGAAAAGACUCGAACGCUAUCAGCGACCCCUUCAUGGAUUGAUUCAACGAUUGACAAAGAAUGCUCCAUCAUACCGGACAUGGAGUUGACAUAAAAUCUGCCUCCCACUUUCUAAUCACCGGAAAUCCCUGCCUCGGUUUCUUCUUCCACUAGUGGGAUUUCGAAGAACAUGGUGAUUCUAUUUCUGGAGUGGGAUGAAGUUCUAAAACCAGAGCAGACGACGGAGUAGCCCAUCGAGAGGAAGAGAGGGACGUAGGGAACGUGUCUACCUUCGCAGGCGGGUAGGAGAUCUCAUGUUUAGGGACAGCUGUCUCUUCCUAAUUGGGUGGACAGAAAUCUGUGCAGAGAGGCAAAACAGACGCGAUCCUACCGUUUCCGAGUUCAAUUCAGCCCCCACAAGAUUUUCCCUCACAACGUCCCACAGCACAUCCCCGCCGCGUAAUUAACGUAAAGGUAGAGAAAAUUUUCGCUUUGCAGUACAGUCUUAAGAGAGUAAAGAGCAACACGAAUACGGAAGGAUUGGGCUGUUAAUUGAUUGGUGUCAAUUUCUCUACGGCGCAAGAGGAAUUAAGGGUUUUCUUGAGCACGAAGUGAAAUCUUCAUCGCUCCUUGAUUUCGGAAGGAGAUGCAAGAGGUUUCGAGGCUUCCGACUGAAUGCACGGAACUGGUUUUGGAAGAGAAAGAUGCAGCGGAUUGGAUUUACAGAGGCGAAGGAGCGGCUAAUCUUGUGCUUGCUUACAAAGGAUCAUCUCCUUCUUUUGUUGGAAAAGUAAUACGUCUCCAAAAGGCUCCCAAAAACAUAUCCCAAUCCAUGAAUGGUACCUCAGUUUUCUCUGUCCAAGAAUGCCUUCUGUGGAAAGAUACAAAUGACCUGUUGUCAUCCACUUCAAAGGAGAAUGUUGGGCAACUAUAUUCUCUCCACAUAAUGAGUCCUUUGCUAGGUUCUGAACAUGUUGAUCCUGGGGAUUUGGACUUGAGGAAGAUGGUUGGUAGAAGUCGUAUGGUGGAUGGUCUUUACAUGUUGGAGAACAAAGCUAGUCUUGCGGUUAUUGAGUCUACAAGUCAGUCUAGUGAGAUUCAGAUGCGCAUCCUUGUGUCUAAGGAAUUCCUUGAAUCAGUUGAAAAGAAUGUUCUUUGUCAGCGUCCUGCUUGGCGAGUUGAUGCUGCAAAUAUUAAUAUCCUCUGUGAUUCUGCACUUCUUGUCUCUGAUCAUUCUGUCUUUCCACAUGGUAUUCUCAAAGAGGAGCCAUGCAUAUCCGUGGAAAUAAAGCCCAAAUGUGGUUUUCUUCCAUCUUCAAGAUUCAUAGCUGAGGGAAAUUUUAUUAAACGAAGUAUAACUCGUUUUAGAAUGCAUCAAGUUCUGAAGCAUCAUGAAGGAGAGAUAUCCCAGAUAAGUGAAUAUGAUCCACUUGAUUUAUUCUCUGGAUCUAGUGAGAGAAUUCAUAAAGCUAUCAAGGCACUCUUUACCACACCUCAGAACAAUUUUCGCAUAUUCCUAAAUAGCUCUCUCAUUUUUGGUGGCUUGGGAGGUGGAAGAGAUAGCACUGAUUUUGUGAUGGGUGAGUCAUUUGAGGAUAAGAUGGAGGGCAUAAUCCGGGCAGACUAUGGUCUGCGCACAGCAAGUUUUCUGCAGCUUGUAGCAGAGGCAAUUUUCAGAUCAGGAGUACUGGAUCGACUUCUGGAAGCCCAGAAGCUUGAUUUAUUGGACAUAGAAGGGGCAAUUCAUGCAUAUUACAACAUUGUUUCCCAGCCUUGUGUGGCAUGUAGAGAUUUGGCUGUUAGGGAACUCUCACACAGUCUACAUUCUAUUUCUUUGGAAGAAAGCCUAAAGAUUGUUAGAGACUAUUUGGUUGCAGCAACUGCAAAGGAUUGUAGUUUUAUGAUUAGCUUUAGACCAAGGGAGGAUGGGGAUCCAAGUCUCUCGCAUCGCACUGUAUGCCUAGAACCGAUUAACCAAAAUUUUGAUUACAAGGUUAAUUUCAUUGACCUAGAUUUGAAACCUUUGAAGAAGAUGCUUUACUACUAUGAAUUAGACCAGAAGAUAGUGAGCUGCUACAAUCAAAUGAAUAAGGAACAUGGGAUAUCUGACACUAAAAGCAUGGAGCGUUCUGAAGCUGCUGGAAUUUGAUCCAACAGGUACCCAAAAAAAUCUUGGGCUAAGAUUGUAGAGCCGGUACUUGGUCACCAACUAGUCAUCUCAUCACCCAGGGAGGCCAAAACGACUGGUUAUCAUGACAAGUUGACAAAUUGAGAACAAGAUGUUUAGCUGAGAUCAUAGUUCAAAGUAUUGAUACUUUUUUUUUUUUGUUAUUUUUCAGGUUGAUGUGUUGAGAAUAAGAAUGUUAGGCGAGGUUUCUUAUGUUUAAGUGGGUUCAAAAACCAAUACAUUUCAUACCAUAUGCACUGUUAUGUUGCAAUAUUUUGAACUUGGCUGAGAUACUAGAUAUUUCUGAUGGCUUUCGUCUGCCACCAGAAGACAAUGCUGUCAUGUCAAUAGAAGCUACAUGGUUUCUUUUCUCUUUCUUUC